AUCAACACGUCAAUUUUUGGGCCAAUGAGUCUAAAAGAAACAAAGUAUGGAAAAUUUCUUAUGCGGACCAAUAUGUUCCCAUAAGGAAAAUAAGAUCAAACCUCUUAAUUUUUCUUUCAUCAGUUUAAGCAAAACAAACUUCUCCUACUUUCUCUCUGUUCAUCAUCAUCGUAAUCUCCGCCACUAUUAUCAUCAUCGUCUCGCAUCUCGCAUGGUAUUUUCAGAAGUGAUAAUGUUAGUCCGACUAGACUAUAGUCUAUAGAAGUACAUUUUAUAUUUACUCGUUUUGCAUUAAAGAAGUUUGCGCUAAUUGAUGGCAAGGGUUUAACCGUUAACUGUAAUGUCCAUAGAAGUAGUUUUGUGGUGAGUGAGUGAGUUGGAACUUGGAAGUGGGGGAAGAAGAAGCAUCAAGCAUGGAGGAGCUUCGCCGCGCUCUCGCGGAACUGAGUCUGACGGUUUCAUUUCUGCCAGAAAAAGGCCGUUGUCUUCUUGCCGCCAACAACUUUUCUCCAGGCGAGAUUAUCAUAAGUCAAGAACCUUGUAUUUCUGUACCAAACAAUUCCUCGGGGGUCUCAAGAUGUGAAGUCUGUUUUGCGACUGCUAAUGUCAAGAAAUGCUCUGCUUGUCAUCUUGUGUGGUAUUGUGGAAGGACAUGCCAGAAAGCAGAUUGGACUUUGCAUCGUGUUGAAUGCCAGACACUCUCAAAGCUUGGAAAGGAACGACAGAAGUACCUUACACCCUCUAUACGCCUGAUGGUAAAGCUCUACUUGAGAAGAAAGCUGCAGGACGAAAAUGUUAUACCAACAACCGUGACUGACAACUACAACUUGGUGGAGGCCUUGGUGUCGCAUAUGCCUGACAUGGAUGAGAAGCAGCUGCUUCUAUAUGCACAGAUGGCCAACCUUGUUAACGUAAUACUUCAGUGGCCUGACCUGAAACUAAAAGAAAUUGCAGAGAACUUUUCCAAGCUUGCGUGCAAUGCACACAGUAUCUGUGAUCCAGAACUCAGGCCUCUCGGUACUGGACUCUAUCCUGUUAUAUCUGUCAUCAAUCACAGCUGCUUCCCAAAUGCUGUAUUGAUGUUUGAAGGAAGAACAGCCGUGGUUCGUGCUGUGCAAUGCAUACCUAAAGGUACUGAGGUAUUGAUAAGUUAUAUAGAGACGGCUGCAAGCACCAUGACUAGGCAAAAGGCUCUAAAAGAACAGUAUUUCUUCAGCUGCUCGUGUCCUCGGUGCAUGAAACUGGGGCAAAACGAAGAUAUUCAAGAAAGUGCAAUAUUGGAAGGUUAUAGGUGUGAUGAUUAUACAUGCAUGGGUUUUUUACUUCGUGAUUCAGAUAACAAGGUGUUCAUAUGCCAAGAAUGUGGCUGUGUGAGGAAUUUGGAAGAUAUUAAACAGAUUGCAAGUAAAGUGAAAACCUUUUCUGAAAAGGCUGAAGUUUCCCUUAAAUCAGGGAAUUGUGAAGAAGCUGGUUCUUUGUAUAGCAUGGUUGAAAAGCUACAGUUAAAAUUAUGUCAUCCAUCAUCUCUUAAUCUAAUGCGCACACGAGAUUCUCUCUUAAAGAUUUAUAUGAAGCUGAGUAACUGGGAAGAUGCACUAGUUUAUUGUAGAAUGACUGUCCCUGUUUAUGAAAUGGUAUACCCUGGUUGUCAUCCUAUGCUUGGAUUGCAAUAUUAUACAUGUGGAAAACUCGAAUGGUUACUUGGGGAGACCGAGAAUUGUGUUAGAUCAUUAAUGAAGGCUGUGGAUAUAUUGCGAGUGACCCAUGGGACAAACACGCAAUUUACCAAAGAGUUACUUGUCAAGCUGGAGGAAGCCCGUGCUGAAGCCUCUUUCAAACUUAAGACCUUUGAUGAGGACUGAAUAUGUGCUCUGCUGCAAGGAUCAGUACAUCUGUGCCUUUCAAGAAAAAAUAGUUUCUGCUUUUCAGUGUUCUAUGCUAGCAAGACCUUGUUCUUGAGAAUUUGUACAGACUGGAAUUUCAAACAAAUUAAUCUGAGAUUCGAAUUUGUCA